AUAACCCGGCGGCAGCUGGAAGAUAACCUGCUGGAGAUUUGUGGCAGAAUCCGACACAACUGGCCACAGUUUCGUGCUGAACGAUGACCGAGACGGUGCUUCUGGCUUACUCUGGCGGCCUGGACACGAGCUGCAUACUGCUGUGGCUCCUGGAGAAGGGCUACGACGUCGUGUGCCUGAUCGCGGACGUGGGUCAGGAUGAGGAUUUCGAGGCGGCGCGCAGGAAGGCCCUCAAGAUUGGCGCCAAGGAAGUCGUGGUGGCGCAAGUCAAGGAGGACUUUGUCGUGAACUACAUCUUCCCGGCCGUGGCCAUGGGUUUGCUGUACGAGCGGCGCUACUUGCUGGGCACUUCCCUGGCGCGUCCCUGCAUUUCGGCGGCAUUGGUGGAGUGCGCCAAGCAGCGCGGUAUUCGGCUGAUUUCGCACGGAGCGACGGGAAAGGGCAACGAUCAGGUGCGCUUCGAGCUGUCGGGCUACGCCCUGCUGCCGGACAUCCAGGUCAUCGCGCCCUGGCGCAUCGACGAGUUCUGCCAGCGCUUCCAGGGCCGCGAGGACCUCCUGACGUACGCCCAGGCGAAUGGCAUCGAAGUGGAGGCCACGCCAAAGGCGCCCUGGUCGAUGGACGCUAACUUCAUGCACAUCUCCUAUGAAUCCGGCGUCCUGGAGAAUCCCAACCACGUCGCCCCCGAGAGUCUGUACAAGAUGACCGUUGGCCCCAGUCAGUGGCCAGACAAGCCCACCAUUCUGGAGGUGGAGUUCGCCAAAGGCUUGCCCGUGGCGGUGAUUAACGCCACCGAUAAGAAACGCGUGACGGAUCCCGUGGCGAUCCUGGACCUUCUGAAUCGCAUCGGCGGCCAGAAUGGCGUCGGCAGGAUUGACAUUGUGGAGAAUAGAUUCGUGGGAUUAAAGUCUCGCGGCGUCUACGAAACGCCUGGCGUGAAGAUCCUCUUCGAGGCGCAUCUGGACUUGGAAUUGGUGUGUCUGGACCGCGAAGUGCUGCGCCUCAAGUCCUACCUGUGCGAUCGCAUGGCGGAUUUUGUCUACAACGGCUUCUGGUUCUCGCCGGAGGGCGUCUUCGCGCGGCGCUGCCUUGAGCAGUCGCAGGAACACGUCUCAGGCCGCGUGACCAUGGAAAUCUUCAAGGGAGUGGCGCGCCCGAUCGCGCGUCGCGCCGUGCGUGGGCUGUACAACGAGGAGCUGGUCUCCAUGAAUGUGCACGGCGGCUACACGCCCGCGUCCGCCGGCGGCUUUAUCGAAAUCCACUCGAUUCGCCUGAAGGAGUUCAGCAAAGCCUUCGGCGCGUUCAAGUAAAGCCCAGAAAUAGCUUCAUCAUCUUUAUUCUCUGACCUUUUUCUCUUCCUUUCUUUUCUCCCUUUUUGCAAUAUUCACUCGAACAUGCCUUCAAAUAUAAUUACAAUAAUUGUCAUCUAAUCGCUAAAACUUGUAAUAAAUGGAACGUUUGUUAAA